CUUUUCUCACUUGGCCAGCGCAGUAACGCGCAGCAUUCCUCUCGCGCCUCUAUUCACCCAACAGCUCAGCGACUUCAGGAUUUCCCUGGCGUUAAGACGACUUGUGUGUCAGACGGCGUCUCUGUGUUGGCUAUUAUGGGGUGUGCCUGUUGCAAGCAGAAGAAGUCUGCCAAAUCACUAGCAGUGCCAUCAACUACAGGAGAUGUUCCAGAUUUGUCUCCUAGCAACACAGAUGGAGGGUCAUCCAUGGGGUUCUCCCAAGGCCGUUACUGUCCUGACCCCACUCAGACAAUCCCGGACUUCAACAAGGGCUUCAUGCCCAGCACCGUCUUCCCCAACACCACCACACAUCAGCGGCCUGGAGGUAUAACAAGUGGUGGAGUCACUCUCUUUAUAGCGUUGUAUGACUACGAUGCUCGCACUGAAGAUGACCUCACUUUCCAAAAAGGAGAGAAAUUCCAAAUCAUCAACAACACAGAGGGUGACUGGUGGGAAGCUCGCUCUUUGGAUACUGGCAACUCAGGUUACAUCCCCUCUAACUAUGUGGCUCCAGUUGACUCCAUACAAGCUGAGGAGUGGUAUUUUGGGAAGAUGGGGAGAAAGGAUGCGGAGAGACAGCUGCUGGGUCACGGCAACCAAAGGGGAACUUUCCUUAUUCGAGAGAGUGAGACCACCAAGGGUGCCUACUCUCUGUCCAUCCGUGACUGGGACGACAUCAAGGGAGAUCAUGUCAAGCAUUAUAAGAUUCGUAAAUUAGACAGCGGUGGCUACUACAUCACCACCAGAUCACAGUUUGAUACUGUGCAGGAGCUGGUAGAGCACUACACAGAGAGAGCGGCGGGACUGUGCUGCCGUUUGAUUGGCAGCUGUAAGCGAGGCAUGCCUAAGCUGGCUGACUUAUCAGUGAAGACCAAGGAUAUGUGGGAGAUUCCCCGUGAAUCUCUCCAACUGCUUAAGAAACUGGGCAACGGCCAGUUUGGAGAAGUCUGGAUGGGCAUGUGGAACGCAACCAAGGUAGCAGUGAAGACUCUGACAGGAACCAUGUCCCCUGAGGCCUUCCUGGAGGAGGCUCAGAUCAUGAAGAGACUCCGGCACGACAAGCUGGUGCAGCUCUAUGCCGUAGUGUCUGAGGAGCCCAUCUACAUAAUCACUGAGUUCAUGAGCCAAGGAAGUUUGCUGGACUUCUUGAAAGAUGGAGAGGGACAGAGCCUAAAGCUGCCUCAGCUGGUGGACAUGGCAGCACAGAUUGCAGCUGGAAUGGCAUACAUUGAGCGGAUGAAUUACAUCCAUCGUGACCUGCGAGCAGCCAACAUUCUUGUUGGAGACAAUCUGGUGUGCAAAAUUGCUGACUUUGGCCUGGCUAGGCUCAUUGAGGACAACGAAUACACAGCCAGACAAGGGGCAAAAUUCCCCAUUAAGUGGACUGCUCCAGAGGCUGCACUCUAUGGGCGCUUUACCAUCAAGUCAGAUGUCUGGAGCUUUGGCAUCCUAUUAACUGAGCUCAUCACUAAGGGACGAGUUCCCUAUCCAGGCAUGAACAACCGUGAGGUGCUAGAGCAGGUGGAAAGGGGCAACCGGAUGCCCUGUGCUCCUGGCUGCCCGGCCUCGCUUCAUGAACUGAUGGUGCUUACCACAGUGCCUGGAGGCGGGCAGCCUGAUGAAAGGCACACUCUUUGGUACCUCCAGUCCGUCCUGGAGGGAUUACUUUUUACCGCCACAAGAGCCGCAAUCUCACACCUGGAGAAACCUGUGUACCGCACAUGGGUUGGACAACACAUAAAACUUUGAAUGGGACAGAGAAAUGGCUACAAAUGCAAUGGCAGGCAUGUUACAGCACAUUAACUGCAAAUGCCCUUCAGUGUAUUUUGAUACCUUUACAAGAUACACACUCACCCAUACCUCUUAUGAAGAUACAUAUCAUUGACUUGUUUAAGUGUCUAAAGACCACUCCUUUUCUCUGUUAUUGAUAACUACAGCGCGCUUCAGAAAGAUCGUUUAACCAUGUUGAGGUAGAUUUGGAGCUCCCCUGGUUAGGCCUUGCAGAAAUGUUGCUUUACUCUGUAACCAUGACAACAAGGAACUGAAAGAAGAUGUAGAUGGUUGUGAUGGGGUGGGGGAAGUCCAGUGGAUACAUGAUCUGUUCAGACUGCCAUAUUUGUUCAGGUCCUUUGAUUUCUCUUUCUGCAAGAGCAGCUUUAGUAUUUUGACUGUUUUUGUCUGAGAAAAUAGUCUUGAUACAGAAAGGAUCACGUAUGCAACAGGUUUUCCAUCAGAAAUACAGCUUUAACAAUUGUCAGUGAACCUCGUGGACCUGUGUAGCAACUGACUAGAUUAUGUGCAGUCCCAGGCAGUCAUAUUUAAGAUUUAUUCGUCUGCAUUAGGUCUGUUUUUCACCUUUAUUAUUGCAUUUAGAUUUCAAAGAAAGGCUGAUAACAGAUCCAUGUCUGUCUCCUUGAGCUGGCUUUCAUCUUGCUACCAGCUUGUGCCUUCAGUGCAAAGAGUCCAAGCUGUGGUAAGGAUUUGCUUUACAUGUCUCAUAUUUUGUAUGACAAUUUUCUAUGAAUUAUCUCUUUUGUUGUUCUAAUUUAACUCAGAUAUACCAGUGGGUCACAGACAUUUCUAUAUCUAAUUAGCAUGUAAAAGUUUUCAUUACAUGAGAGGGUGGGUUGAGAUGACACACAUUAAGAGGAGACAUCUGUAACACAGACUGUGGAGAGUUAUAAAUGAAUGUUUUUUUUUUGCCAAUAAUGUAACCAUGUUGCAGUUCCCCCUGUCAUGUUAUUGUAAUAAAGAUCAGAUAUCUUUUAAGGAUA